AGUGAAAUAUUCUUGUUCGAACAAUUUUAUCAACGUUUAUACACCCUUUCCGAAUCACAAACAUAAAUUUUACUUUCAAUUAAAUUUUGAAUAUAUUAUAUAUACAGGGGACAUGUCCACUACUAAUGAUACGACUUUUCUGAAUGCCUAUUACUGCUUACAAAAGAUUAUAAGCAAGAUAUACAAUGUCUUUCAAGCAAAAGUAUGUCUGAAAUUUCAUAUACAUCGUUAGUAGCCUGUGCUGUUUUUUUUUUUUUAAAUUAUAACUGAGUAUCUUCGUUCGUAUGUAGAAAAUUUGUCGUAAAAAACGAAAGUAGGAAAGUCCAAUCAGCACAGCAUACCAAUAGUGCACAAAUAAAAACAAAGAAAGACAAUUGUUAUUUAAUGACAUAAGAGCAAAUUAUUUGCUACGGUUUCUGUAAAUAGGUAUAAGAAAUAUUGGAGUUGCAAUCAUAAACGUCAUAAAGGUAUAGUAUCAAUAUAACCUCCUAGGAAAAAAUAUAUCUGAAAUGUCUGGCAUUUGACGCUCGCGCUUGUGUUUUAAAUAGAUUCAAUUUUCUGCUACAUACUGUAUAAAUCUCAAUCCUUGAACAAAAAUACUCUCAAUCAUCUUUAUGCACCCCUCCAACACUUCUGUCGACAUUGUUUACGUAUUUGCUAAUGUUAUAUGUACCAUAAAUUUCGAACCGAAAAAAGCUAAAUCCGGCUUCCGGUUUACCACGAGUACGCCCCUACUUUUAAUUAAAAAACGUGUAGAAAGAGUUGGCUGAAAGUUUAAAACAAUCGUUAAAGAAGGAAAUCGUUAAUUUGCUGGCGGUGUGAAUGAAGAGCAAAAAGUUAAAGUAUAUCUUUUACAGGUCAUCUGUCUCUCUCUCUUUCAAAUGCUCGAAAAAAAAUUAAUUUAAUUGGAUAUUAUGAAAGAGUGAAAAAGUUAAUGUUUUAGUGACCUUGUAUGAAUAAAUGCACAAUGAAAGGAAGAAGAUAGUCAUGUCAUAUCCGCUCGUUGUUGUGUUGUGUGAGACUUUUCAGUGCCCGGAAGCUUAAGAGUUUACAAUGAAUUGCAUUUUCUUGAUGUUCAUCACAACCAUGUGGCCGAUCCUUUAUACUCAUGUCUGCGGAGAAGAAAUAAAUUGCAUACAAGGUGUAGCAAAUCUUUAUAGCAAACUUACUAAUGGAUCAAUGUGUUUAAAUGCAACUUCUGUUGAUGAUUUCAAACAGGAUGUGAAAUGCUCUCUCUGUAAAUGGACAGAGUCAAAAACGACAGAUAACUAUAUCAUUUUCCGAGUAAACUAUGCUGCGGACACGGUCCUGAAACUGGUCAAUAAAAUGAAUAUGAAGUGUAAUUACAACGAGGAAAAUGUAAUAAUCGAGUGUGAAAUGGACCAAAAAACAAUAGAACCAUUUAAAAGUUGUAUUGUCGGCCAGUGUCUCAAACAACAGAUUCCCGGAUUUACGAAAGAAAAUGGGAACGUUGUUACCACAUCCAAAGAAGUUACCAUUAAUCCUGGAUAUAUAGGUCCUGCAGUUGCAGGGGGCAUCUUUUUGGGUAUACUCAUAGGUGUUUGCUCGGCAGCUUUUGUUAAUUCUAGAAAAAUCAAACCGACAAUUUGCUGUCAAAAAUUGUGCACUGAGAGAUGUUGUUCUGUCUCAUCACUGACGUCUGCAAGAAAUUCAGAUAGAGGAGAAAAUGCAUCUGCAGCUUCAUCUAGACCAGUGGAGAUGUCUGUAUAUGAAGCCAUUCCUGACAAAAAUGUAUACGAUCAUUUACACGAGAAACCGAAAACAACCCCAAAACCAGGUCGAUAUUCAACAAUGAAAGAAAUUCGUGAAAUUCGUCAAACAAUGACAGAUGAAACUUUUCAACCAGUAGAAAAAGAAAAUGUUAAGCUUGGUGUUAAGACAGAUGAUGAAAAUAAAAAUAACACAUUCCAAAUACGACAACAAUCAGCUGAAGGCGAUGAUGAUGGAAAAAGAAAUUUAGAUGAGAUGCAAUCAAUGGGUCCUUAUUUUAUUCUUGAAAAGACAUGUCCGGAAGAAAAAGAUGUAAUAAAUUAAUGUUAAAUCAGACAAUAAAUUAAUACAACAACGAA